AUGGUGCCAAAACGAAGACGGGUAAAUUUGACAAUUGCCGAAAAGUACGAUAUCAUUAUGUUGAGAGACACUGGUGAAGAUAGUGAAACCAUAAUGAAUCAGUACGAUAUUGCAAAAUCCACCUUGUACAGUGUAUAUGCACAGAAAGACGAGGUUAUAAAGGAAUUCGAGAUGGGCACAGUGGGUUUUAGCUCUGCCACACAACGUAUCCUAUCGCCAAGUUCUGCGGAUGUAGAUAAAGUUGUUUUCCACUGGUACUUACGAUGUAAGGAAAGAAACGUACAAAUGACAGGAGAACACAUAAAGAAAAAAGCCACGGAAAUUAAUGAAAAAUUAAAGGUAAAUCCCCAUUUUAAAGCCAAUUUCCGUUGGUUUAUGGGCUUUAAAAAACGCUACCGUAUUACUAAUGAGGAUGUCAGGGAAGAUAUGCCAUCCGCAACUAAAUUCGUUAUAGGGGAAAAAUUUACAGUUGAUUUUAACAAAUUUUGGAAAGAAAAGAGGCUCGCAUUGAAGAACGUUUACAAUGUCGUUUACAUACCAAUAAUGUGGAAAGCAGUACCACAAAAAACUUCGAUUUGGAGCAAUGCGAAAUUGACAGAAAAUCUAACAAUGUGCGAAGAUUACGUAGUUGCACUUUUUUGUGCAAAUGCUACCGGAUGUCACAAGUUGCCGGUACUUAUGAUCGGCAACAUUCCGGAAACUCAACGUUCCUACAAUUCAACUACAAAGUCCUGCUCAACUAUCUACAAAUCAAUGACCAAUCCUUGUAUGGACAGUACCAUUUUCACACAAUGGUACAAAGAUCAUUUCUUAGAAUCAGUUAAAGAAAGACAAGGAACGGACGAGAGGGAGAAAUCUUUGUUGUUACUAGAUAAUGCUCAGUCGCUUCACGAUGUCAAUGCUCUUAAUGAAAUAGAUCCACUCGUUACAGUCAUGAGUCCUCCAGUUGAAGUACGAAGCGUAAAACACCCAAUGCAUUGUGGAAUAACCACAGGUUUCAAGCGAAAGUACCGAAAAGAAUUGCUGGAAGCAAUAACGCCAUUACCUACCUGCAAUACGGAGAAAGAAGUGAUACACCUCCAUAAUCAAUUAAGCAUGUGGGAUUGCUGCCGCCUUGUAGAUCAUGCUUGGUUAAAUGUCGAAGAAGCAAUAAUUAUACACUCGUGGGAGAACCUUUUGCAACUUAAAAUCACCGGGGGAUACAAUAUGGAAUACUCAUAUCUAUGGAAAGCUGACUUACUUAAAACAGUUGAAUUGCUGCAUGACUUACCUGGAUGCGGAGAGUGCAAGGAAGUCGAUGUGAUAGAAUGGUUUCAUAUUGAUGACGACUAUAGUAUAGUCGACAAGAUAUGUACCGACGAAGUUCUUGAAAAAUUUAAAAACAAUAGUCUGGGUGAAAAUCUGGAAAUGGGUAAUGUCGAGGAACUAGCUGGACCUUCUCGUUCGUAG